CCCUCAAUUCUCUCAGUUUUGCCAUUUUUAAUACAUUUUCCAUCUUUACUGUCAAGAAAUGGAGAAAAAGCACAUUUUGAUUGGCUGCACUGGCAGUGUAGCAUCAAAAUAUAUCCCAGAAAUAAUUCUAGGCCUCAAAAACAUAGCAGAUGAUGAUAUUGAGAUUCAGCUUCUGCCUACGCAAAAUUCGAAACACUUUUUCAAGGUGGAGGAUCUUCCGAUCACAGUUUGGGAUGAUGCGGAUGAGUGGAGGAGCUGGCAGAAAAUGAACGAUCCAGUUAUUCACAUUGAGUUGAGGAGAUGGGCUGACAUCCUAGUCAUAGCUCCACUUGGUGCAAACACAAUGGCUAAAAUCGCCACAGGAAUCUGUGAUAAUCUGCUGACUUGUGUUGUACGAGCAUGGGAUGUGAAGAAGCCAUUAUAUUUUGCUCCUGCCAUGAACACUCAUAUGUGGAAUCAUCCAAUAACAGGAGAGCAAGUGCUGAAGUUGAAGAGCUUUGGCUACAAAGAGAUUCCUUGUAUAUUAAAGAAGCUUGCCUGUGGAGAUAAAGGAUUUGGUGGUAUGGCCGAGGUGUCUUCAAUCGUUGAGUGCAUCAAAGGAGCCCUGAAGGAAAUACGAGAACAAGAAACAAAGACUUCCUGAGAAUUGUCCCGUCACUUAGAUAAGGUUCUACCUCUGUAGCUGCAUUGUUAGCUGGUGCUCUUAGAACAUUGGUGCUCUAUUGGGACUUGCUAUGAAAGCUAUGUGCCUUCCAAAAUCGAGUGCUUCCAUUUCAAAAGUAGAGGUGUAGGUUUGAUCCAAGCAAUUCUGUGCAUUUCUCUGUAUUAGUCUGGGGCAUUUCUUGUGCAAUCAUUUACUUAAUGCAAGCAUGUUUUUAGUGGUAAGAUCAGUUCAAGGCUGAUCACAAGACUGUGACCCGCUGUGCUUAACUUAUGGGAGGAGUCAAAUAUGUCUUCAGACUGAAACCUCAAAUAAAUUUUGUA